AUGCCGAUCCCGGAAUCCAUUCUCAAGAAGCGCAAGCGCGACACCCAGUGGGCCGCGCAAAAGGCCGCCGCCGCCGCGGAGGCGAAGAAGGCGCAGGAAGCGAAGCGCGAUGAAAUCUUCAAGCGCGCGGAGAAAUACGUCAAGGAGUACCGCGAUCAGGAAACUGAUCUCGUGCGCCUCAAGCGUGAAGCGCGCGCGAAGGGUGGCUUCUACGUCGAGCCGGAGGCCAAGCUCAUGUUUGUCAUGCGCCUGCGCGGUUUGAACGACAUCCACCCGAAGACGAAGAAGAUUCUUCAGCUUCUCCGGUUGCGUCAAAUCCACAACGGUAUCUUCAUGAAGGUAAACAAGGCGACGCUCAACCAGCUCCGCAAGGUUGAACCGUACAUCAUGUUUGGCUACCCGAACUUGAAGUCGGUCCGCGAGCUCAUCUACAAGCGUGGUUACGGCAAGGUCAACAAGCAACGCAUCCCGCUCACGGACAACGCCGUGAUCGAGAAGGUGCUUGGUGACAAGGGCAUCAUUUGCAUUGAAGACUUGAUUCACGAGAUCUACACCUGCGGCCCGCACUUCAAGGAGUGCGCCAACUUCUUGUGGCCAUUCAAGCUCUCCGCCCCGAACGGCGGCAUGACGGUGAAGAACAAGCACUUCAUCGAAGGGGGCAUGGCUGGUAACCGUGAGGACAAGAUCAACGCGCUCUUGCGCAAGAUGAUCUAA